AUGGCUACUUCUCGCCAGAAUACUUACGUUCGAAUUCCACAUCCAGAAGGUGGCACUCCGAAUACUGGAGAUUUGAUUGAAUUAGUCUUCGAUAAAUUCAGUCCACGACCACAUUUUAUUGUACGACAAACAGAAGGAAAUGUCGACAAGAAUACAAAAGCAAAUGAAAUCGACGAAACAAUGCUUCUUGUGACCAAGUUUUUAAAAAACAGGCCAAAAUAUGACCAACAAGCUCUUCACGAUGCUUAUGUCAAUAGUGUUCGCACUAAAUAUCAGAAAACUUUACAAAAAUAUAACGGGUAUAAACAAAAACUAGUCACAACUGCGACAAAUUUGCAAAGCAUUCCAUUGAAUGUAAAUGCUUAUGAGAAAAAUGGUUUUAGUCUUGUUUGGAUGACGCCUGAUCCACGUAUAGGCGUCUAUAGCCAAAAGCCACAGAAAUUACGUUUACUUUACGACUUUAUGGUCGAUGUUAAAGAACAGAUAGAAAAAGAUCUAUUAUCAAAAGAUAAAUCAUUUAGAAAUUUUGGUUGUCAUUUCUGUCUCUUUGUAAGUGCUGAGAAUCAAGCGAACACAACACCUCGCGCAUGUAAGGUGUUGAAUGGGACAGGUACAGAUGUGAAAACUACAGUACUGGUUGGCUAUAUUCAAAUGGAUGAUCAACAAAAUUAUCGGUUAUUACCAGAUGAAUAUCAUCGACAAACGUGGUUCAAUGAUUUCAAACGACAUGAUUUUAUUGUUACAACUUAA